AUGCUACGCGGAUUAAGCGAGGAGGUUUUUAGAGGCGUGGGAGAGGCCCCGGGAAGGUAUUUUUACAUAGGUAGGUAUUACUUAAGGCUAACGUUACAGUAAUUCUCCACUCUCAAAUCUCAAAUCUCAAAUCUCAAAUCAUACGCUCGCAGAACGUUCCCUCCCAGUCUUGACUGUAGGGAAGAUCCGGGAAGAUCAUGGGGGCUGGGCUGUGGGGAUUGAGGACGAGAAGAGUAUUUCAGUAUAUCUACGGUAAGUGGUACUGUACGACGUUGUCGCGAUGCUGUGUUCGGCAUGAUAUCUGUCUAUCUAUCUAUUUUCAGGAAUCGUGUCUCAUUUCUGCCAGGACGUAGGAGAAGAGUCAUGUAUGCGUCGGUAUCACUGUAG